AGAUUCACUUCUCCCAUAACUAACUAUCUCACUGCACUUCCUCCCAGCUAAUGGAAAUGGAGCACCACAUGGAGAGUGGAAAGAGAAGAGGAGCGAGCAAGGAUGAUUUAAUAUGUAAGAGACACUUUCUUCCCUUUUUUUCACCUGAAUUUUGAGUUUGAGUGUUAAACAUAACUGAACUAAACUGGUUUCUUCUAAAAAGUAAAAAAAAAAGAUAAAUAAACAGUGGCUGGGGUCAGCAAAGAGGGUGUUUACUCUUCCCUGUGCUGCACGUUAAAUUUCUUUAGUUUGCCAGUCACCUCAGCAGGGUUAAGUAAGGUGUAUUUAUUUGAACUCACCUGUCCAGGUGACAACCAGCAGGAUACUAAAGGGCAAAGUAGAACUCCAUCGUCAUAGUGACAGCAAUCACAUGGCACUGAGAUAAAGGGUCCCAAAAGCAUGUGACUAAGAGUGUUUGCCUAAGAGUCUCCUGUUAUUUGUAUGUGCACCUGUUUUUAUGCUGUGUGAAGUCAGGUAAAGUAGGAGCUCUCAUGUUACACACCUGUGUUUGGCUUUGUGAGGAAAUGGUCAUUACUUUGCUGACAGGGUUUUGAUUUUCAUUUUCCAUGUCUUUGUUAAGAUAACAAUCUGAUAGACAGGAUCGUGUGUCAUAGAUAGUUGUGUUUACAUUUACGUGCAUCUGCUUUCACUCGAGUGGUGGUUAGUCACAGAUCAAACGUAAAAGGGAACCGAGAUUAUGAAGAGAUUGUUUGCUGUACCUAAUUCAGACUUUCAUUUUCUGCUCGUAGCUUUUUAUGCUUUCUAAUUCAUGUUAUCUCAUUCAGAAUAAAAGCUGUACUUAUGAUAGAGUUGAGCACUUUAUUACAAUGGGUGUGCACACUUAGUCAACAUACAGAAAUCAAGACCAUUUGAAACAAUGCAUGUGAAUUGUCAGUCUCAGCAUUGCUUCUUUGGUUUAACAACAGGAUAUGAGCAUUUCCUGUGGUUUGGCCUAGAAAGACUUUUGUCUCUCCUAGUCAACAUACAGAAAUUAAGACCAUUUGAAACAGUGUGAGUGAAUUUGUCAGUUUGCUUCUUUGGUUUAACAGCAGUAAAUGAGCAUUUACUGUGGUUUGACCUAGAAAGACUUUUGUCCAACACUAAGAAGAAGUUAAUCAUGAACAAAGUUUUUCAAAGGACAUGAAUUUUCAGGCUUUAUGCAAGUUAAAACACAUAUUUUUCUCCAACAGUAUUUAAAGUUUUGGCUAAACAGGCAUUAUUGUUACAGCCAAAUGCUCCUUUGAUGCUGGUGAAAAUAUCAAAUUUAAGACUAAUUUCUCUUUCAACAAUAGUUUACUGUGAACACGUGUCCCGGAAGAAAUCUAGAGGCCUUGUUGCUAAACAUACAGAACUGGAAACUAUGAAAAAAGUUAUCGCUCUCAGACCUUUACCUUACUUAAUGGCUUCUUUUAUGACCAGAGCAGUAAUCUGAAGAAACCUUUUACUGCGUGCACUCUGUGCAUGAGGGUUUCAUUACACAUAAACACUGCUGUAAUGACCCUGACAGUAUUUAAUACAAAUAACAUUACCAACCUUUUAUAACCAAGGCUUGUAAAAUGAGUAAGCCCAGAUUGCCAUGAAGUUUACUAAAUUAUUUCUGUAGGGCUCAUGUAAUGCACUUAAUACGAGACCUUAAACUUUCUUAUAUCUACCUAGUUUUACUUGAAGAGAUCCACUAGACGGUACCGUGUCUGGGUACUGUCUACCAUUCUUGGUUUAUUUCUGCUUUGGUGCGAGAAAUAAACCAAGAAUGCACGGGUUUACCAAGUUUUGUUGUGAUAUGAGAAAGAGGAAGAAUCAAAAGUUGUUUAAAAGUGCAAAAUAUGAAGAAAGAGAUGCGUCUUAGAUUCAUGUUAGAUUCAUAUAAAGGCGGUGGUGUAUCCAGUCCUUUUUGAUUGGGGUGGCCAAAUUUGAUCACUGACUUUUGCAGGAUAGAAGAAAUGUGAUAGAAAAACUUUGAUUUGCCCCCUCUGUCUUUAUGAAUCAUGUCUACUUUGACAACUUAAGAUGUAAUUUUUCUGUGUGUAUUCUUUCAACAUGCUUGCAAAGUGACAAAUUUCCUGAUCUUUUAAGCAGAAAUUUAAAUCCUGACCAGCCAACCAAUCCAAAAGUAAUUCAACAUUCAUGACAGUCAAAAUUGAGCACAGUAAAUCUAACAGGGCAAGGAUAACAAAUUAGUUUGCCAUUUGUGGCGUAAGCAUUAGCAGCCUUUGGCCACCUUUGCAGGUUUAUAUCCACAUGCCUGUGCUGGUUAUGAGUGGUUUUAAAAUGCCUAAAUCAUAUGCAGCCAACAGACAACUUCUUCUAGAUUUUCUUGAUCCAAAUACUGCAGAACCGGGUCAUAUGAGAUGCUUUCCUGUAAUCUGUACUGGUUUAAAUAUGUGCAGAAAAACAUUAAAGGUACUAUUAUUGCGGUAGUAGCGGUAGUAACUCUGUCGCUGACUAUCGAGAUUGAUGACUUUCAAUUUUUUUGAGUCAACUAAACUUGAGUGUCCUGAGUUUAUUCAUUAAAGCUAAAUUCUUUGAGUCAACAAGAAAAUGUGAUUUUAAAGUCAGACUUACAUUUCCAGCGAAAAAUGUGAUACACUGAAAUGCAAAGAAAGCAUUUUAUCACUUUUUGCCUCACCCCGGUUCACAGUUUCAGCCAUGUGGCCGACAUGGAAGCCUGUAGGGCACUGUAAACUAGGACCACAUAGAGCUGCAACAUGGGCUUGUUGAUUGUCAGUCUUUUUAUUAUUAGGUGUGUUACCAUUAUCUGACAGUUUCAGGAAAAGGGAAGUCCGAGGACAAGCCUACAUAACAUCAAUGACAGUAUUUUAAUCAUUUAAAACAACAAUGUUCUUCCUCUUCUACUGCCAGGAUGAAACUUCUUCAUAGUCAAACCUGUUCACAGCUCUUAUUUUUCUAUGAGAAUGACAUUCCUUCUCUGCUUCAUAUUUUAAACGUCUCAAAGUAUACUGUACAUCAAUCAAACUCACAGUUUCUUCCGUCUCUGUCUCCCUGCAGCCGAGCAAACCGGCUCUUUAGGAUGCUGUGGUUGGGUCAUCGUCAUAAUCGCCGGCUUCUUUACAAUUCUCCUCUUCCCCCUCACCAUCUGGUUCAGUUUGAGGGUGAGAAAAAUCAAAAAAUCUACUCCCUAGAUUGGAAAGCAGAGACAUUUUUUUGUGAAAGUGUACUGAUCUUGUGCUGUGGGUUAUUAUUUGUACUGCAGAUUGUUCAGGAGUAUGAACGUGCUGUCAUCUUCAGGCUGGGCCGUAUUACUGACAGAAAGGCCAAAGGACCAGGUAGGAACACUCACAUCCUCUGUGUCUUUAUUUUUAGAAUUAUACAAGUACAAAUGUAUAAAAAAGGUUCAGAUUGAAUAUAUGACUGAAUAUUUGUAUAACAGAUUGAUGCAUGAUAGACAUUAAAUUUGAACAGUGGAGUUUGUGAUGGAUUUAAGCCAUGAUUUCUCUUCUUUCUCCUCAGGUAUUUUCUUCAUUCUGCCUUGCUGUGAUUCCUUUGUGAAAGUUGAUCUGAGAACAGUUUCAUUUGACAUCCCACCUCAAGAGGUAGGGUAUGCAGCAGCACAAAUAAAAACACUACCUGGGGAAAAUAUUUUUUUUUAAACAGAAUUUCAAAAAGCUAAACAAACAAAAACUUUCAAACACUUCUACCUCAGAUCUUGACGAAGGACUCGGUCACAGUGUGCGUGGAUGGAGUGGUGUACUUCCGGGUCAGUGACCCCAUUGCCUCUGUGGCCAAUGUGUCGAACGCUGACUUCUCCACCCGCCUGCUGGCUCAGACCACCCUGAGAAAUGUGCUGGGGACCAAGAACCUGGCAGAGCUUCUUUCUGACAGAGAGGGCAUCGCUCACAGCAUGCAGGUACUCAAACUAGAAAAAACAAAAUCACUAAAAAUGUGAAAGGAAUUAAAAACCUACGAAAAAGGAUUAGGGCCACAUGGAUAGAAAAAAUAAUAAUUACAGGAAGGAGAUUAAAGUUGAAAUUUCAGGAUUGAAGUCGAAAUUUCAAGAUUUAAAAAAUCAAAAUUUUGUCAAUUAAGUUGAAAUUUUGAGAUUAAAAAUUGAAAAUUCUAAAUUAAAGUUGAAAUUUCAAGAUUACAAAAUGUUGAAAUGUUGUAAAUAAUUUCGAAAUUUUCGAGAUCAAAAUUGUUAAAUUUUUGAGAUUAAAGUCAAAAUUUUGAGAUUAAAGUUGACAUGAAUAAAGUUGAAAUUUCAACUUUUUAAAAUUUCGACAUUUAAUGUAGAAAUUUUGACUUAAAUUGGAAAUUUAAAAAAAUCUACCUCCUGUACUUCUCUUCAUGUGGCCCUAAUCUUCUUUUGUAAAAACCUGAUAAUCAUAUCAGUUUUUUUAUUGUAAUUUAUUUUAUUGUUUUAAUAGUUUGCUCAUUAAAGCAAUUAUUGCUGUUAAAGGUAUUUGGGAACAACUGAGAGGCCUAUCUAAUAUCCCCACAUCUGGGGGUUUAUCUGAUGUUGAGCUGUAUAUAGCAUGCAAACCAUACCACACACCUUAUUUACAAUAAAUGUCAGUAGAUGGGCCUUUGAAAUACUCCAACAAACUGAGUGCAGUCAUCUAUAUGACACGAUCAGAUCCAAAACUCUGAGCAUAAGAUCAUCUAUAAAUGCAGGACUGAGCCCUGUCGAAAACAAGUUUCAGUUGUAAAGGUACUGAAGGGUUAUUACACUUUAAGCUGCAGGUCUGAGCUCUUCCUUUAUCUGUGUCUCCCAGUCCAGCCUGGAUGAAGCCACAGACAACUGGGGCAUCAAGGUGGAGAGGGUGGAGAUUAAAGAUGUCAAGCUGCCACAUCAGCUGCAGAGAGCCAUGGCUGCUGAAGCGGAGGCUUCACGAGAGGCCAGGGCCAAGGUCAGGACAUGAAGCAUAAACACUUCCGAUUACUUUUGGCUAUUUAUCGUGUGCUAUCCUAACCUUUCUUAAUUCAUCCAUGUGUAGGUGAUUGCAGCUGAAGGUGAGAUGAACGCAUCUCGUGCUCUGAAGGAGGCGUCCCUGGUGAUUGCAGAGUCCCCGUCAGCCCUGCAGCUCCGCUACCUGCAGACCCUGAACACCAUUGCAGCAGAGAAAAACUCCACCAUCAUCUUCCCUCUGCCUAUGGAUGUCUUGUCUCACUUCAUGCGGAAGUGAUUCCUCACUGAGUCGACUAGUCGGAGCCACUGAUAAAAAAACAUGACUUGAAUUGAGUUGAGGUACAUUUCUAUAAGAUGAGCUGUCAGAAUAUAAGGUACAGCUAUUGCUCUAUUGUUGUGUGGUCCUUUUAUUUUCAGAGUGGUCUCAGACACACAAUGAUGAUUUAUCAAGAUAAGCUGUGAAUAGGCCAGGCCUGCUUAACAACAUGAUUUGGAAAUUACAAAAUUACAAAAAAAAUUUAAAUUACAAAAUAAAUAAAUAAAAUGCAAUUCACUAUUGUCUGAGUAUUUUAAUUGUGUUUCCUGCAAAAGAAAUGUUAUAAAGAUCACUUUGAUACAUGAAUAUGUCUUAAACUAUGUGUAUACUUUCGUUUUCAGUUACAUUAAAUCUGUCUCAACAUACGGUGAUA